UACACUGCGCGGGUGUCUCUUAUUUGUUCAAACAGUGCCCUAACGAGAUUAACUGGCACACAGUUGUUUUAUGAACAAAUAAACGAACUAAGUGAACAGUGUUUGUUUGGUAUUCGAAAACUUCCUCGGGGACUGCUGAACUGCUCUAUUUUAUAGAUAAAAAUACCAUGUGACGAACUAGUAUCCAUAUUAUGUCGUUAAAGCUAGGGAGUGAAGUGAUGGACUAGUGUAUUCAAAAUGCAUACGAUGGACACUUUGGGCUACGGCCAUAAGAAGUACCGGCCCCCGCUUUCUCCUAACAGUUUCUACCAUCAUGACUACUACUCCAGGCACACGACUCUUCGACCACAAAGUGAAUAUCGGUUCGCGGGCGGAGGCUACACGCGCGCUUCGAGCAGCGGGCGCAGCAGCAGUCUCUGCUCCGCGGCGCUGGUGGGCGGAGCGCUGCUGGCUGCAGUCGCUGUCCUCGCCGUCGCUGCGCUGGCAUUCUACAUGGGUGCCCUACGGCCAGACAAUGGUGAACCAAUAAUGACGUUUGAGGGUACGUUUCGAGUUACACGAGGGGACGUGUACGGCGGAGCGCCGAGCAGCCCGGCGUGGCGCGAGCGCGCGCGGCGCUACGGAGCGUCGCUGCGGCAGGUGUACGCGGCGCCCUCGCCUCUCCGACACGCCUUCGCGGGGGCACUUGUCACUGGCUUUGGAGAUCGACGUCUAGAUGUUAAUUUCAAAUUAUAUUUAGAUAGGAGAAAAAUACCCAGUUCUAUAACAAACAUAGAGGAGACGUUAAAGAAUAUUUUAAUACAAGACUUAUUGUCGAAGCAUCCGGCAUUCGGACAAAUAAAAAUAGACACGACAAGCAUUGUUAUCAAAAGAGAUUUAGAACACACUUACCACUCGGAGCAAUAUGUUAAAGAAGCUUUGAAUGAAAGUAUGGCUACCAAUAAUGCGAAGACUUCAACAUCUCAAAAUGCAAAAGACAAAACUUUAGAAAGUAGAAUAGGUGUUGUUAGAAAAACUACUUUAAAACCAAAUAGACCGAUGAGAAAAGGUGAUUCAGACGAACCUGACAUCGAUACUGAUAAUAUACCAGUUUUGCAAGGCUCCUUUCAAAUAACUAAAACGGAAGCAGAUAUAACAGAAAAUAAACAAGGUCCAAAUCCGAUACGAAUCGAAGAAAAGAGUAGUCACAAACAAACUUCGACUGUAAAGCCUACAACUACUACUUCUUCCACAACAAAAUCAGCUACAGUAAGAACAGUAAGUACUAGGAAAAUUCCAACAACAACACAAAAAAGCCGGCCGAUUACUAUUAAAUCUAUAUUAAACAUAAAACCAAAAACCGACACGAUCACUAAUAAAGAAAGAGAUACAAGUACUCGUAAACCUAUAAAUUCAGCACCCACAACCACUAAAACGACUUUAACAACAAAGCGUACAACGACAUCAACUACAACUAUGGGCACAACAACUAAGAACGUAUCUCAAAUUUUAUUCGAUCUUCUUACUAACGAAAAUCACGAUAAAGAUUUACCAAAAAUUGAUACGCUGUUUACAGUUCCUCAUGUUAUGGACAAUGAGCCAUGGAGACCAAUAACAAGGCCAUACUAUGAAACAACCAGCAAACAACCGGUAUUACCUGAUGAAGAAAAAAUUGAACAAGGUGCAGAAGAUAGAAUAGGGGUGGCCGAAGUUGUUGAAGAUAUAGCUUUAUUAGAAAGCAUGCUAAGUACCGUACCGCCCACAAAAUACAGAGAGAAAACAUCACGUCGACCUAUAGGGCUUUAUAAUAUAGACCCUCAUUUAGCUGCAGAUGUAUAUGUCCCUAGUCCAGUAUACACUAGUUUUACGCUUCCUACUUAUGCACCACCAAUAAAAAAUAUGGAAACUUUGGGAUCUAGUUAUCCUAAGCCGCAUCCAUUACCAGUUGAUAAAAUAAGUGGUGCAGUUGAAGUUGUUCCCGAAACUAUUUUAGAAACUGAUGACAACGAUGGUCGACCAUUUGAAAGACCUCCAAAGGAUAAAAAAACUUCUGUUACCAUUAAUGUUCUACAGUUUGAUCAGCUUGAUAACAGUACUGAAGAAAUAUCUAUAGAAGGUGCUUCGAUAGUUAAAAAACAAAAUACAUCUCUUGCAAUUAAACCAUCCGUAACGGUGAGUACUACAACCGAAAGUGAAAAAAUUAUAACAACAUCAAAUGUUCCUAUGAUAGAGAUAACCACAAGAGUACCUGUUAUCAACAAAACAUAUGAUCAUAAGAGAGAAAAUACCACUAAGCGCCCGAACAAUAAAGUAUCAAUUAUACCGGCAACUGGACUUCCACAUCAUACUUGGGAACUAGUCAAUACUUCGACAAAUAAUAAUGGGACAGUAAGUAAAGUUUCACCUCAAAAAUACUACAACGACACUUUACAAGCUAUAAUUACAAGAAAUGAUGCUACUUCACCCAAAACAACUCCAAAAUUUCCUAGUAAGAGUUCUAUAUUACGAAAUUUAACAGAUAUCAUAAAACGAUAUUCACAAAAUACAUCAGAGAAGCCUGAAGUUUCCACAGAACGAACGACUUUAAAGCCAAAUACAACAUCAAAGGAUACUGAAAAUGAGUAUCGCAAUACUCGCAAUGAAAUGACUGGGUCAGUUGAAGUCGUUUCUGAGGAAGAACUUGAUAUUACAACAGCUAGAGUAAUAACAUUAAUGCCAGCAAAGUCUAAUUUAGGAUUAAAUCGACCCCUUCGACCUAGACCAAAAAUUGGAUCACAUGUUAAUAAGGAAAGCAAGAGGAGUUUUAUGAGCAGUAAAAUAGAAUCCGAAAAAUUAAGUUCAGAUCAAAAUAUAGAUGAAGUUAUGUAUAAUUUGACAGAAAACAUAGCAGAGGCUUCAGAAGUUGUAACAACCGCAACUUUCAUUGAUGUUGAGAAACCCAAAGUUCCUGGACUAUCGAAUGUGGCUGAACAUUUAAAAGAAACUUUCAGUGCGAUAGAAGGACCGGUAUAUAACCCUUCAAGAGGUAACAGGCUACCUAAGUCAAAUGAGAAUUACUCGUCUGUAGAUAGUAACGUUGAUGUUUUCAUGAUACCAAAUAAAUCAAAUAUCCCAGAAGGUACAUAUAGAGUCUCGUACCACGUUACUGGAAGCGUUAGUAGCAAACAGGCGGAUAAAAUCCAAAGUCUCCCAGCGUACGAGCUAGCAUUGGAGCCUGAUGUGGUAUUAGAUAUACCUGUAAAUCAAACUAGUUCUUUAACUGUAGAUAAAUUGAAACAGUUGGCUAGUCUUGCCACCAUCUCGGAUUAUAGCAGCAACAAUAGCUUCGAGCACUUUCGAGCCCCAGGGGCCAUCAUUUCAACAAAAGCCAUUCCGUCAAGUUAUACCAUGAAUCAAGCAGGAUUUAAAAUAUUAACAAAAACUUACAAUAAAGCCCAAUCUUCGAAACAAGAGGAAAAUAGUUUUGAUGUACCAGAAAAAAUAUACAGUAAGCCGGAAACGACCAAGUACACUAAACCUAAGAAAGACAUCGUCAAAGAACCUACCAAGAUUGUCAUCGAUGACUGUAACAACUCCACAUCAUUUUUAUGUGCUAGUGGAGCAUGUAUACCCAUGACAUCACGUUGUAAUAAGCUACUGGACUGUCCGGGAGGUGACGACGAGCACGCGUGCUCCUGCGCUGAUUACCUACGUGCUGAGUUUUCGCAAUCGAAAAUCUGCGAUGGCUUCGUUGAUUGUUGGGACUAUUCUGAUGAGAACAAAUGCGAGUGGUGCCAAGAAGGUCAGUUUGUAUGUGCGAAUGCUCAGCAGUGCGUGGACAUGAGUAAAGUCUGCGACGGGAUACCGGACUGUCCUCUGGGCGAUGAUGAAAAAAGCUGUGUCGCUUUGGGAGAUAGCAUCGAAGACAAUGAAGUGAUUCCUUAUAAUGAAGAAGGUUUUGUCAUGGUGCGGAAACGUGGCGUAUGGGGCAGGCUGUGUGUGGAGAGCUUCAGUGACGUGGUUGCGCAAGCGCACAGCACUCUCAAGUUACCAGAUUUAGGCAGAGCUGUGUGUCGAGCUAUGACUUUUCACGAUUCGCCCUGGGUCCGCGAGGCGCGCGAAGGUCGGAAAGUGAGUUCGGUGGGCUAUUGGGAAGUGUCGCACAACGCGCACGCGCGCGCGGCCGACACGCGCCUGACGUUCCGCCGCUCGUCGUGCGCGCGGCACCGAGCGCUGAGGAUUCGCUGCAAAGACCUGGACUGUGGCAUACGACCGCACGCUGACGCUCAGCAGCCCAGGGCGGUUACUCACGAGCGCGUGCGGUGGGGCAGGGUGGUGGGCGGCGGCGGCGCGGCGGCGGGCGCGUGGCCGUGGCAGGCCGCGCUGUACCGCGACGGCGACUUCCAGUGCGGCGCGACGCUCGUCGCGGCGCAAUGGCUGCUGUCCGCUAGUCACUGCUUUUAUGAAGCCACAGAAGCCCACUGGGUCGCUCGACUUGGUGCACUGCGCCGCGGAGCAUGGCCCCGAGGGCCGUGGGAGCGAAUCACGCGCGUGCGUCAAAUCGUUCUACACCCGCGCUACGCGCCGCGCGGUUUCCGGAACGACAUAGCGUUGUUGCGCGUGGAGCCGCUGCCGCUGCACGCCCGCCUGCGGCCGGCCUGCCUGCCGCCACCGCGCGCGCAGCCGCCCGCCGGCCACCACUGCACGGUCGUCGGCUGGGGACAACUCUAUGAACAUGAACGAGUCUUCCCGGACACACUGCAAGAAGUGGAGCUGCCGGUGAUCUCGACAGCGGAGUGCCGGCGCCGCACCAGGCUGCUGCCGCUGUACCGCGUCACAGACGACAUGUUCUGCGCGGGCUACGAGCGCGGCGGCCGCGACGCCUGCCUCGGGGACUCCGGUGGACCGCUCAUGUGCCAAGAGUCAGACAGAUGGUACAUCUACGGUGUCACCAGUAACGGCUACGGAUGCGCCCGAGCUAACCGUCCCGGCGUCUACACUAAAGUGUCACACUACAUCGACUGGAUAGACAGCGUGAUGGCCGCCUACACGCCCAAGCAAAACGACACCUCGCCGUCAUCCGACGAGGAGUCCAACGAAGACUUCUACUCAGAUUUAGAGACAUCAGAAAACAAAAGGGUACAUAAACCAUACGACACAUGCAGAGGUUUUAGAUGCCCUCUCGGUGAAUGCUUACCAGCUUCCAGUAUUUGUAAUGGAUUUCUAGAAUGCUCUGACGGCAGUGACGAGUGGAAAUGCAGUACGCUCGUUACUAAUUCGAGUAGAUUCAACCCGGAUUGACAAGCGAUUUAUAAACUUUAGGCAUUAAGUCGGAUUUACGUUACGAAACUUCUUUCGAGCAGUUGAAAUUUUAAUGUAACUAACUUUAUGCCACUAAUUUCGUUAUGUGAAUUAGGCUUAAAAACACACAAGUCGCGAAAGCAACGAUUUGGGAUUCAAUAAAUUCAGUGCGAUCGCCUUCAUGGGUAGUUGGUUGUAUUCGGCGAUAUGCGUACUUUUUAUGCAUGUAUGUAUGUGAGAUUUUACAUACCAAUUAUUCACGUUGGCGAAAUGAAAAAUCUCAUACUAAACACACUGAGCAGGCCUUAGAGGUUCAUGAUAAUAUAAAUAUACCUUUUAAUAUAUUUUUUAUAAGCCAGUAAUUAUAGAUUAAAAUUAUUCGAUUUCGACUGAUACCGUUUAAGUAAAUGUAAGUAAUAUUUUAGUAUCGAAUGUGAAUCUUGAAUUCUUGAGUAAGUUAAGAAAUCUUCAGCAAUAAUUUCUAUUUAAUACUUUCUAUGCCAUAGUAAAUCUUGGGCCUUGUACAUAUAGCUUUAAUAAACAUUUUACAGCCCAAAUUUUUAUUGAUUACAGCUAUUAUCAACUAUUUAUUACAUACAUGGACUACCUUUUUCGUUUGAAUUUUUCUGUGAUUUCAUUAAUUUAAAUGGACGACGUAGCCCAUGUUUAAAAUAAUUACAAGAAAAUUUAAAUAAAAACAUGAAACUAGUUGUUAUUAUUUUUUUAUCU